AUGGAUGGAGGGAAUCACUCGGUUGUGUCUGAGUUUGUGUUUCUGGGACUCACUCAUUCAUGGGAGAUGCAGGUUCUCCUCCUGGUGUUCUCCUCUGUGCUCUAUGUGGCAAGCAUGACCGGAAACACCCUCAUUGUGUUUUCUGUGACCUUUGAUCCUCACUUACAUUCCCCCAUGUACUACCUACUGGCCAGUCUCUCUUUCAUUGACUUGGGAGCCUGCUCUGCCACCUCACCCAAGAUGAUUUAUGACCUUUUCAGAAAGCACAAAGUCAUCUCCUUUGGAGGCUGCAUUGCCCAGAUCUUCUUCAUCCACGUCAUUGGUGGUGUGGAGAUGGUGCUGCUCAUCGCCAUGGCCUUUGACAGAUAUGUUGCCAUUUGUAAGCCUCUCCACUACUUGACUAUCAUGAGCCCACGAAUGUGCGUUUUGUUUCUGGCUGCUGCCUGGGCCCUUGGUGUCAGUCACUCACUGUUCCAACUAGCAUUUAUUGUUAACUUACCCUUCUGUGGUCCUAAUGUAUUGGACAGUUUUUACUGUGACCUUCCUCGGCUCCUCAGGCUGGCCUGUACAGAUACUCACAGAUUGCAGUUCAUGGUCACUAUUAACAGUGGGUUUAUCUGUGUUGGUUCCUUCUUAAUACUCAAAAUCUCCUACAUCUUCAUCCUGUUUACUGUUUGGAAACAUUCCUCAGGUGGUUCAUCCAAAGCUGUUUCCACCCUGUCAGCUCACAUCACUGUGGUCCUUUUGUUCUUCGGUCCAACCAUGUUUGUCUAUACAUGGCCACAUCCCAAUUCCCAAAUGGACAAAUUUCUUGCUCUCUCUGAUGCAGUCAUCACCCCUUUUCUGAAUCCAGUCAUCUACACAUUGAGGAAUAAAGAGAUGAAGGCAGCAAUGAAGAGAACUUUCAGACCAUUAAUGAUUUUUAGAAUGAUUUCAUAG